AUGCUCAAAAAUAUAACACACUAUGACUCGGAAGUUUUUUGGGACUACUUGAACCCAGAAAUAACCAUGAACAGCACAGCUGGUACCGAGGUCAUCCCGUCACCGGACCAGGUGUUCGUGACGGCGGUAUAUAGUGCGCUGCUGGUGGUCGGGGCCCUGGGAAACGUGGGCGUGUUCGUGUCUCUGAUAAAAUCGCGACGGAGGAAGUCGCGAGUCAAUCUGCUAAUGACCCAUCUGGUUGUCGCCGAUAUGAUGGUCAUUUUCAUCGUCAUUCCAUUGGAGAUCGGCUGGCGGACCACAAACGCGUGGCUUGCCGGCAACCUGGCCUGCAAGUUCUUCCUCGUGCUCCGAGCCUUCGGACUCUACCUGUCCUCCAAUGUACUCGUGUGCAUAUCUGUUGAUAGGCUGCUGGUUGAACAGACUUAA